AUGAAGCUCACCUUCAAGGACCUGAAGCAGGAGAAGUUCGUGAUCGAGGUCGAGCCCUCUGAGACCGUCCGCGAAGUCAAACAGAAGAUCGCCCAAGAAAAAGGCGAAUAUGAAGCCGAGCGGAUGAAGGUUAUCUACUCAGGCAAGAUCCUCCAGGAUGACAAGACCGUCGAAUCGUACAGCAUCCAAGAGAAGGACUUCCUAGUGUGCUUGCCUUCCAAGGGUCCCAAACCCGCUGCCUCCUCCGCCUCUGCCUCUGCCCAGGCCCCCGCCACUCCGGCUCCCAGAGCUCCUAUUGCGACCCCUGCUGCACCCGCCCCCGCUGCUUCUGCGCCUGUUAGCUCGACUCCUGCUGUUCCCGCGACCCCUUCGCCGGCUGGUGCUGGUGCCGGUGCUGGUGCUGGUGCCCAGAGUGGCCCCACCUUCAACGACCCCUCUGCGUUGACGAUGGGUUCUGCGGCCGAGGGUGCCGUCACUCAGAUGGAGGCAAUGGGAUUUGCUAGAAGUGAUAUCGAUCGGGCCAUGCGGGCCGCAUUCUUCAACCCUGACCGUGCUGUCGAUUAUCUUUUGAACGGCAUCCCCCAGGAAGUCCAACAGGAACAACAACAGCGGCAACAAGAGCAACAAGAGGAGAGCGCUGCUUCAGCCCCCACCCCCUCUGCCGAAGACGCUGCUGCCGCUGCCGCUCUGGGUGGCGACGAAGGUUUCAACAUGUUCGAGGCUGCGGCUCAGGCUGGCGAUGGCACUGGUCGUGGUGGUGCUCGGUCCGGAGGCCAAGCUGGCGGCGAGUCCCUUGCGAACCUGGAUUUCCUCCGCCAAAACCCCCAUUUCCAGCAACUGCGCCAACUCGUGCAGCAGCAGCCACACAUGCUCGAGCCCAUCCUGCAGCAGGUUGCGGCCGGAAACCCCCAGAUUGCCCAGAUCAUCGGUCAGAACUCUGAACAGUUUCUCCAGCUAUUGAGUGAGGAGGGCGAUGAGGAGGAUGCGGCCCUGCCACCGGGUACACAAGCCAUCUCCGUUACGGAGGAGGAGAGGGAUGCCAUUGAGAGGCUCUGCCGUCUCGGUUUCCCCCGCGACUCCGUCAUCCAGGCUUACUUCGCCUGCGACAAGAACGAAGAGCUGGCGGCGAACUUCCUCUUCGACCAACCCGACGAGGAGGAAGAAUAA